AUGGGACCUACAGCCCGGAAUCUGAUUGCUUUGUUUAUCAUUUUUUUAGAAAGUAUUCGAGAAUUGAUUCGUUUUUUACGAUAUGAUACAUCUUCUGGUUUGGCACGUCGUUUGUGUGGUGAACACAACAUCGUAAAAAAUGAUCUCAUACCAAUUAUGAAGUUAGCAGAUGUCAAGGAAAAUCUUUUCGAUGCUGCUUUGAGACUUACGGUGAACCUGUGCCAGCCAACAAUCACCGUGCUCCGAGGAAAAAAACCGGAGAAUAAGGAGGAGUGGAAAUUAUUUUGGGAGCUGGAGAAGAAUUUGGAUUUAGCUAAAAAAGCGUUCUCAGAUGUGGAUUUCAUGAAAAUUCUUCAUCAGAGAGUUUCGUCAUAUUUUGAAUCGGAUUGGUGCGAUAGAAGUAUAUCAGAAAAACUGGUUGUUGAAAGGAUAUUGGUUCUUAUCGAAUAUAUGUUAGAAAUAGGCGAGUAUGAAGAAGAUCCGAAUCAGAAUGUGAUGAUGGAUUCAUAUGUGACCGAUCGAGUUAUAUUCGCUCUUUUGAGUAGUGGUUUUAGUGAUUUAUUCGUUGAUAUGGCUACUCAGAAGUCAGAAUGUGAUUUUCAUUUACUCUUGAUAAACAUCAUCGCUCUCACCGUCAAACAUUAUAAUACGUUCGAUAUUUUAUCAGCCGGUGUUGAACGUUCGGUGGAGAAAGGAGCAAAAGAUGAAGAAGAUUUGCGCAGAUGUAUUAAAGCCGAGUCAGAAAAAGUUUUAAGUACACGACGUCGAUUGGGUGUAAGACCAACAUCAUUCGCUGGUUCAUACGUUAUGAAAGGAGUGAAAGCAUUAAAUCCUGAGCAUGAUCUUGUUACACGCAAGGUAGUCAAAGACAUCACAAGUGGUGUAGAGCAUUUGUAUGAAAGAAAAAGAAAGAGACGUCAUCCGAAGAGUCGUCGAAUGUUCGAUGGUCAUCAAAGGACGCAUUCGGCGACGUUGGAUGUGAUGUUAGCAUUGAAACAAUUCUGCGAUCAGUUUCUUCGUAAUGCUUAUAACCAGUUGAUGAAUUCGUGCACAGAUGCCGCUCUUCAUGGUCGAAAAACGUUGAAUCAGCGCAACUUAGACAUUCAUUAUUUUGUUGUAAUGCGCUUCUUCAUGGAAUACAGACGAAUCGGAUCAUUCCCAACAAAUUUUGUUUCUGCUACACUAGGAAAGGAAGCCUUUCAUCGUGUUCAAACUCAGUUGGAUUCCUAUUUGGAAUCAGCACAUGCUGACCGUAGAGAAGGACGUAUUCAUGGUAUGAAGGCGCAGUAUGCUGUUACUGCUUACAAGGAACUUCUUUACACAUUGCGGUCUAUGAUGGAAAGUGGAAAUGAUGAAGAUAAAGAAGAAGUGGAAGCAACUUGUAAGCACAUUAUGAUGGUGGAAGAAUAUCGUGAUUUGUCAAGCUCAGUUAUUCGACAAUUCAUGCCUGGUAUUCUAUCGAAGGUGUUCUUGCGCGAUUUGAUCCUUGCAAAUCACACUUAUAUGAUAGUGCUCGAGAAGGGUGUCAAAUCGGGAACAUUAGCCAAAGUCAUGAAACGCCAAAAAGUGCGUAAAGUGAGAAAAAAACGACUCAAAGAUCUAGCAACGUUUGAUGAAGGUGAUGAAGUUGACGUAGACGAAACAUGGGAAAUAAUAAGUGAAGAAUUGUGUGAUAUUCUGAAUGGUUAUGAAUCGGCAUGUGAUGACGUGAGUGCAAUUGAUGUACGUCUACAAGUUACUGAUGACUGUCAUAAGCAGUUCGCAGCACUGUUCAUUCAAAAUGCACUACGUGAAAGGCGAGUCAAGGAUGCCGUUGGUUUAUAUCGUAGUGCACGUUUGCUUUGGCCAUUCGACCAUAUCUUCGGUUCAAAUGAAAUGUUAUCGGAAGAGGAAUUUAUUGGACUACGAAUGAUAUAUUUUGCUGACCUUGAAGAGGUGAAGAAUGAAUGGAAGAAAGUGCAUGAUGACGUUUAUGGGUAUGAAAAUGAAGACGAAGGAGGUGGAUCUUUAUUAUUUGAUGAUGAAUUGGAUGAGGAUGAGAGUGAUGAUGAAGAAACAACACGUUAUAUUACCAAAGAGAUUGAUUUCAGUUUCAAUGAAUACCUCUCAAAGUUCGCUCGUUCGGAUAUCUUGAAAUGGUAUGUGUACUUAUUGAAUGAUUAUGAAACCAAUUCAAUGGAAGUUAACAAAGCGAUCAUUAAACUGCUGCAUCGAAUUGCAUUUGAUUUAGGGCAAAUGCCACGGCUCUUCCAAGUCUCAUUAUUCCGUAUAUUCAUACGCUUAGGCGAAUAUUUUUGCAAAAUGCCGUUACACGUGAAGAAAGAGGAUCGUUUAUUCCGUGUCUAUGAAUUCGGCUAUCAUCUUCUCAAACAGUUCUUCUCCAGAUAUGAAACCACUGGAUCUAAGCUUAUACCUGAACUGUUAUUUUGGAAGGGACCAAAAGAGUGUUAUGAUCUAGAGCAUGGAUAUGGAUCAUACGAAACAUCAAUAAACGAGAAAGAAAGGAAUGAGGUCGCCUGGACAGAGGAAUUGAGUAAUGAACUGCAUUCGUUAUAUGAUGAAUAUGUGGGAUGUGAAGAUAAAGCUGAAGGAAUCGACGUGGUUGAAUUCAUUGAAAGUAACCUUUCACGUCAACGGACUCGCAGACAAAUCAUCAGAGAGUUGAAAUCGUUGGGAUUGGAUACUUUUGGAGCGAAAGUCAAAGAUAGGUAUGGUUUUCUUUGGUUUGUCUCAUGUCCCAUUUUAUUACCUACUCAAAAUCAUCGUGCGGACGCGAUUACUCGAAAGUGUAAGUCAAAUGUGUUCUCACCGGAUGUCGUGAGUCACAUGAAAACACUUGUUGACCAGUUUCAAUCAAUGCCUUCUGACGAAAACCGGGAAGAUCUGGUGGAUUAUAUUCGCAAACGACUGUCAGAGUGUUAUAGUCGAGCGCAGAUCAUAAAACAGUUACACUAUGAUAACAUCGAGUAUAAUCGAAAGACAGUUGCACGUUAUCUUUAUCAUAUCAGUGCAUUGUUUUAUCAACGCAUUGCCUUGCCUAGAUUUUUUUGUGAUUUUUGGAUGGUGAAAACAACAAGUUCCAGGCGUCGCAAACCAUGGCACGAAGUAUUAACCAUUGAAUUGCGAUCUCUUGCCGAGCAAUAUGAAGAACUCAUCGAAAAGCCAAGUAUGCGAACGUUUAUUUAUUUCCUGCACAGACUAAUUUCUUGUUCGUUGAUAGAUUAUAUAAAGAAUCGGCUAACCGAGAAGCGAACCAUCUCGGAUAUUCGCGCAAAACUAAUCGAAAUGGGUUACGAACAUUCAAAGCUGUACUCAGCUGAAAGUUCCGCAAAAGUAUCAAAACCGUGGUCUGAACUUCUUCUCAUCGAAUUGCAAUCACUGAAAGCGCAAUACAACGAAGUCGACGAGAAGCCACAAUGUAAUCAUAUAUAUAUAUGGAAUUUAAGUGAUCAUGGCAUCGUCGAUUAUGUGAUUGCACGAUUGAGUGAAAAGCGAUCGCGACGUGAUGUGAUUUGUAAACUGCUUGAAAUUGGGGUUGAUAUGUCGCAGAUGAAGCCGAAAAGAACGAAGAAAUUGGAUAAACAAGCGCAAUUGUUGGAAGCGGGCAGUGAGUAUAACGAACAGAUCUGUGAACGUGCUACAUCAGCUUCGGAUUCGAGAGAUUCUUCACCGUCUAUAGCUGAUGAUGAAGAUUCCUUCGAUAAGGCUGAUGCUUCUUCUCAUUCUGAAUUCAAAAUCGACCAAGAAAAAUGUAUUCAACAAAGUUGGAACUCACAGUCCAUAGCUGAGGCAUCCGACAAGCCGUCUUCGAGACAUUCAUUGAAUAAUGUCCCGAUUUUGAUAGUAAUGAAACGAGUGAAACGCGUGUUCAAUGAGCAGCCGCAGUUAUCAGAUGAAGAAAGUGAAAAUGGUGAAAAUAUCGAUUACUCAAAUUUGCGGUUGCGGAAAAGACGUAUUGUAUUGAGUGAUGACGAAGCAGAAUAA